CUUUUCCUCUCUCUCUCUCUCUCUCUCUGAGCGGUCAGUAUGAGUAAGUUGUGGACAGAGGAGCAGUUCAACUGCCCGGUGUGUUUGGACCUGCCGACGGACCCGACCACCAUCCCGUGCGGCCACAGCUACUGCAUGGAGUGCAUCACGGACUUCUGGGACAACGAGAAGGAGAAAAAGAAGACGCCUGGCGCGUUCAGCUGCCCCGAGUGCCGGCAGACGUUCAGCCCGAGGCCACAGCUCUGCCGCAACACCAUGCUGGCCGAGGCCAUGGAGCAGGUGCGCAAAGGGAGCCUGAGCAACACGGCGCGCGAGACCAUCCGCAGAGCCCACGGAGCUAGCGUGAAAGCUAGCGCCAGCGCUAAGGGCAGAGCUAGCGGCGGCGCUAACAGUCGGCGCGGUAGUGGCCAGCGGGGGGCCGUGCCCUGCGACCAGUGUCUGAAGCGGGCCGACACGCUGGCCAAAGAGCGUCUGGUGUGCAUGGCGCCGUUCUGCGGUGCCUUGAAGCCACGACCAACGUAAGCUGAAUAUUACGAGCUGAUCGCACCGACGGCCAACAUCACGGAGAAGAUCUGCGCGCAGCACAAGUACCUGCAGGAGUUCUACUGUAAGCCCUGCCAGAUGUACGUGUGCUGGCUCUGCACCAGCAACCAGCACAAGGGCCACGAGAGUGUGUCCACACAGGCACAGCGCACGGAGAAACAGAAAGAGUUGGAGGCGGCCCAAACGCAGAACCAGCAGCGGUUGCAGGAGAGACAGAAGGAGCUGAAGGACAUGAAGAAAAUUGUGGGAACACUGACGCGCUCCUCUGAGAAGGUGCAGGAGGAUGUGGACUUGGUCCUGAGGGAGCUGCAGCAGUCAGUGCAGAAGCUGCUGGACCUGGUGGGGGACGUGAUGCUCUCCACUGGGCAGGAGAAGAUAGGCGAGGCCCAGGACGUGGUGCAGAAGCUGGAGGCCGAGGUGCGCCAGCUCAAGAAGAGAGAGACGGCCUCCAGAGACCUGAUCCGCUCGCAAGACAACAUCUACUUCCUACAGAAAUGUGAUGCUCUGGUGACCCCCGUGGAGGAGAGUGAUGUGGGGAGUGUGAGUGUGAACCCCGACGUCACGUUCGACUGGGUCAAGGGCACCAUCCGGGAUCUCCGGGACAGGGUGGAGGUCAUGUGUAACGUGGAGCUCAACAACGUCAACCAGACAGUGUUUGACACAGAAGUUUUCACAGUGACAAAGAAAGAUGACAAGAAGGCAGCUUUCCUGAAGCUGUUCUCAGGGAUUGGAAAACCAGCCAACGCCAGAGCUGCUCCAUCCAUGCCGUCAGUGAGUGUGCGAGGUCUAGGUCCAGGUAACACCGGACGCCGCAGCUCAGAGGCCAGGACACAAAACGAACCAAGAGGUAACACCGGACGCCGCAGCUCAGAAGCCAGGACACAAAACGAACCAAGAGCUGGAAGAGGAGCUGGAACAUCACCCCGUCCUGCUCGACACAGACAAGCCACUGUGGAAAGAGAUGAAGAUGACACCUGGAGUGUGAGUUCUCCGCCGAGACCAAGAAGAGACGAGAGAGAGACCGCUAACACCUCAACACAGCCACAGAGACAACACACAGAGGACAGAGACCAAGAUAACACAGACAUCAGUGGUCCCACCCACACAUCAUCAUCAUCACACACUCCACAGAGACAGGACAGGGAUCAAUCUGACACCUGGAGUCUCAGUUCAAUGAGAAUAAAUUCACGACAGAAGAAAGAGACAGUUACUCAACAGAACACCAGUUCAGCUCAGAAUGGACAGCCACAAGAGAGAGCAGUUGAUGCGUGGAGUCUGAGUUCAUUAUUACCCAAAGAUAGACGCAGGAGAGAGAGCCAACAAAGUGAAAGAGGUGAACGCUGGAGCUUGAGCUCACUGCUGCCCCGAAACAGACGCAAACGAGAGGAGACGGGAACUGUGCGAGAACUCACCCCAGACGCCCCUCCUUCUUCCUCAGGCUUAUGGGACGCCCAACCCACUCAAGUCAAUCCUGGUCUGUUCCUGGACACUCCAACCCCUGAGACGAUGACUUCACUUGCCUUCCCAGCUUUGAGGGAGAUUGACCUUGACAGCAUCCAAGCACCAGAGCCCCGCACCAGAGAGGACUUCCUGCAGUACGCAUGUGUCCUGACCCUUGACCCCAACUCGGCCCACCGCAGGCUGGUCCUGUCGGAGGGCAACUCCGUGGCGACGCUGCAGGCGACCCUCCAGGUGUGCCCUGACUGCCCGGAGCGUUUCGACGGCUGGACGCAGGUGGUGUGCCUGGGGCCGCUGACCGCCGACCGCUGCUACUGGGAGGUGGAGUGGAGGGGUCGGGGGUCAUCCCUGGGCGUGGCCUUGGCCUCCAUGCCCCGCAAGGGGGCGGACUCCAGGUCGGGGCUGGGCUACAACGGCCAAUCAUGGAGCCUGGAGCUGUCGGACAUGUGCUGCGCUGCGCUACACGCCAAUCAGAAGCAGGAGAUCCCCGUGACGUACUCGCCGCGGGUGGGCCUCUUCCUGGACCGCGCGGCGCAGACGCUGGCCUUCUACGGCGUGGACGACGAGCUGGUGCUGCUGCACGCCUUCCGCUCGCCCGCACUCGCCCAGCCACUCUAUGCCGCCUUCGGCGUCGGCUGCGGACUCGGCAUCGGCCUGGACUUUGCCAGUGGCCAGUUCAGCGCCCAGACGGACAGCAUCAAGAUAUGCCCCAUCUGAUGCCAACCUGAGAAUUACAGGGGGUACUGGGGGGUACUAUACCCC